ACGAGAGCGCCACGCGAUAGAAAUCUCGAGCUCAUAAUCUUAUUGCUAAUACAUCAGUGCGUAGUUAGUAGUAUGAUCAGUGAAAUGUCCUGGCUAGCCAUGCUGUUUGUUCAGCGUUUUUAACGCUUCUUAUUUCGUGCAGGGAUAAUCAUUUCCGCAUCUUAGUGUUAGUUGAUAAAUUAAAAAAACUAAUUUCUAACCUUCUCUUAGUUGUUUUCUUAGUCUGCCGUGCAAUCCUUUCACGAUAUCUGAAAGUUUUUGUUGAUCGCCCAAACCAUCCGCCAUCUUGGAACAUGAGCUGCAAAACGACAGGAAAUGUACAGCAGUCACUGGUUACUAAAACGUGCGCAGUCAGAAGUGAUAUAAUUAAAAAUGGCGGACGCUCAACGUGUCAAAGCAAACGUCAAAAAUAGGAACCAUUUGAUUUGAAUAAGUGUGUUUCAGCUUUGACCACACCAGAUUUCAGGAAGGAACGGCGAGUUGCACGUAUAGAGCCUAAGGGGCAGGAUCAAACUCGAAGGCCCUACACAAUCUUAAAAGAGAAAGCAUCAUUUGCAACGGAUGUGAUUUUUCUUCAAAUUUUAAAUGUUUGCUACGUUCAACAUGCUGCCGACAGUCUCAAGCAAGCUUUCGCAGUAUUUGUCUGCCCUUUGUUUUCUCCUUUUCUUCGCCGGAGCUGCAAAUGGCAUCAGAGAGCGCUGGCUGCAUCAUACUACAGAUGGAAGCAUUCAUUUUCUCGCCAUUGCGGUAGCCUUUGCAGUAUUGAUUUCAAUCGUGAGCUAUUUGUACGGGUACAGAGAUUUUGGACGCGGAUUUAUUCAUCUUUGGAUGGGUGUUCUCUUCAGUGUGUUAUCCUUCACGGAGAUCGCAUUCGACCAUUUAAUCGAUUCUUUGCACGACUUAGAUGUCACUGACAUUCUUAUUAUGGCGAGCACUGGUGUACAUUGUCUCAAGGUUUUGGUUCAACGAACAUGUUCCUCGCCAGAAUACGAGUCGAUAUUCCUUACUCUUGAAGAGUGCUUGUUCCUACUAGGAUUUCUCUCAGGCGCAACGGGAACGCUGCAUUUUGGUAGCAUGGUAACAAUAAUCCUUGCAGUAACUAUGCACUUAAUGGCUUUUCAUAUGAAGUCUAGCAUUUCUCUCCUGGGUGCCAUUUGUUUGUGUUUGUUUGGAAGUGUCUACUUCUUUCCUGCCAGUGAUGUCAACUACAACCCGUACAUUUUAUCAGCCUUCAUUGUCCACCUUUCCUUUGAAUCACUGGUUGAUAUUUAUUUCUCCAGGUUGUCUCUUUUGGAAACCUGGAAAAAGUUUAUCUUCCAAGGACGGUGCAUUCACAGAUUGCAAAUUCUUGCGGUAUUAGUUCUGGAAGCAAUGUUUUAUGCAUUCAGUACUCAGCUUAUCAAAGAACCUGACUUGCCAGUCUACAGAUUACCCAUAUUUGUGUUUUUGUCCAUACCAUGGGUGUGGUUUCAUUUUAUGUUUAUUGUAACUUGCUGGGGAUUUGUUGGAAAACUCGAGGAAUGUUCCAAUGUCUUGAAAGCAAGGGGAGAAUUUAGUGACAACAGCAUGUCAGAGGUAAUGGCAUCCAAAGGGCUCCGUCACUUCUGCCUGGUGUCGCAGAUUGUCACGCUAUAUACGCUGCUGUCGACAUUUCUUGUCAUAGCUUCAGGAUGGCAAGAAACCAACCCUGUAUUCAUUGGAAUGCUCUUGGCCAUUCUUCCAGUUGAACUUCUCAUGUACGACAUCCUGGCCAAGCUUGGUAAAUCUGUUGGGGGAACAGCCAUUGGUUAUGCCGUGGUCGCACCUGCCCACAAGUACAGUCCAACUGGCGAUGUUGUGAUUCUUGCCGAGAAUGCAUUCCAAGCUGUCAACACUAAAGCAAUGGAACUAAUAACUAUUGUGUCAAGAUUUUUUUCCAGUCACAUGAUUCACAACUUUGGCACAGACUUCUCAACAAGUGGCAUUUCGGCUGACUACAUUGAAAAGAAAAUCACGUCAUUUUUUGAGCAGCGUGUUCUUCCAGGCUUACAUUAUGACACUUACAUUCUGUACUACAGUGGCCAUGUGAUAAGCAAUGGAGACUGGGCCCUUACAGAAGACAAAACCCUCUCAUUUGAUAGCAUCUUGAAGUGGUGGAGGAACACAAAUGCGACAACAGGGGCCAGACUUUUGUUGUUUCUAGAUACUGCUCAUUCAGAUAAAUGGGUGGACAAUAUUUGGAAAGUUGAAAAAGACUUUAUAGCAAUCCAAACUGGAAAGCUGACAGCCACAUUUGACGCUGAGCUAGGGAAUUCAUUUCCUUUGGGUGAACUUACCAAAAUGUGGGAUGAUUUCAACACUACUGCUGUCAGCGGCAAGCCUGGAGACUUCUGGGACAAGAACAGCAUGAAAGUGAAACCAGUUUAUGGUGUUUCAAGAGAAUGGUGUUGUUUUAAGUUCCAUGAACCAACAGUGGAAGAUAUAGCUCAGCACGUGGAACAAAACUUCCCUAGAUUUAUCAAACCAAUAACAAAGAUAUUCACUCAUUUGCCAUGCAACACAAAUGUGCUCAGUGUCUUUGACUGGCUUACACGUGGCUGUCGUCGACUGAAGAUGCGGUGGUUCCCUCCAGCAGUAUAUGAUACUGGUCACGGAUUUAAACUUGUUCGAUAAAUUUUAGUGCCAAUGCUAACUAGUCACUGACUGACAUUUGAAAUGCCAGCCAUCAGCCUGGGGUAAUGCUGAGGGUGGGAGAGGACUGACAUUUCAGGCUAUGCGUAUGCUAAUAAGCCGUAAAAUAGUUUUUGUUACCCUUUGGCCUCCUAGAAAUGGUGCUUUUUGAAAAUCAGCAAGAGCUACAUGUACACUUAAGGCCAUUUUUGUUCUUUUCUGGUCAAAUUCUCAAUUCUCCUUACAGAUUGUUAUACAUUUAUGUUCAUGCUAGUUAUGAGAAUUUCUUGGUGCAUCAGUUACAUAAAACAUUCCAAACUUGAUUAUCUUUUUUACUCCUACCACCUGUUAACUUAAAGGUGUUUGUAUUGUUGGGAGAAAUUGGACGACAUUGAUCAUCAGGGUAUGACAGAAAUUGUGACAAUCCCAGGGUUUGUUAAGUCAUGACCAAAACUAAAACACAGUUUAUUUAAUUUAACAAAGGAAAAAUAAGUACAACUUGUUAGGAA